ACUCAACACCACUCCUGGGUAUUUAAGAGGUAGCACAAAAGAUUCACUCUACUCUAACCAACUGCCCGAACUUGCUAGGAUAAAGGCUGAUCUCACCUACAAAGAUGUGUUUUACCAGGUGUGCAAGAUGUAUCGGUUGUUUUCUGCUAGCUUUGGCAAUCCUGUGCAUCAUAGCAAACAUCUUAUUGUUUUUUCCCAAUGGAGAAACACGAUGGGCCAACGAAAACCAAUUGACUAACUAUGUGUGGUUUUUCCAUGGAAUUGGAGGAGCUGGACUUGUUAUGCUGCUUCCAGCUUUCGUGUUCAUUUUCCUAGAACAAGAAGAUUGCUGUGGAUGCUGUGGCCAUGUGACCUGUGGUAAAAGCUGCGCAAUGCUGGGAUCCGUUGUGGCUGCAUUAAUCGGAAUUGCCGGUGCUGGCUACUGCCUCAUCAUUUCUGCACUGGCCUUAGAAAGAGGACCAAGAUGUGAGACAAGUUCAGGGUGGAGCUAUCCCUUUGAAAAUACUAAUGGAAACUAUCUGACCGAUCACUCCACAUGGUCCCAAUGCAUACAGCCCAAUAAUGUUGUUGUGUGGAAUGUCACUCUUUUCUCCAUCCUGCUUGGCCUGUCGGGAAUCCAGAUCAUUUUAUGUAUAAUUCAAGUCAUCAACGGUAUAAUUGGUGGACUUUGUGGUUCUUGCUGUUGCCAACAGAAGUCCCAGACAUAUCAAUGCUGAUGGUAACUCCCUGCUGAUGUGGAUAUAAACAGAAGAUGUGACAUUUACCUUUAAAUGUUCAACUUGUAAAUUGCAUUGUACAUAAUUCAGUAUUUAAUAAGUGUGCUCCUUGGACAUGGAAAAUUUAAACUUUUAUAUUAAAAUGGCGAGUUGUCUGAUAAUGAAGCAGAUGCUGAUGUUGACUCGAUCUUGAAGUUACAAAUGUUUUUUUUUAAAUAAGUAAAACUCCACGUUGUCACUUUAGAAAGCUAAUGAAUAUAGUGUUUAAAGUAUUUAUGAAUUAUUGCAACAUUGUUAACCCAGCAUUUGUAAGAUAGAAUGCAAACUGUUAUUGUGAUUUUUUUACUGUGAGUUAUUAAACAUGUAUAUCCUUC